CUUUUUCCUUCAUUCUCUUUUCAACCGGGCUAUAAAAAAUCAAAGCUUGACCCGAAGAAUUCAGUCACGUUUCUCUGCUCCAUUAUUGACUUUGAAUUCUGGGUUCUCAUUGGUUUUUGAGUUAGCUUAUCUUUGAAGGGGGAGCUGGGUUCUCUCAAUUUUGCCAUUUGGGAAAUUGGGUUUGGUUUUUCUCCCCUUGUCCAUAUCAAAAUCCAGCUAAAGAUUGUCAAAAUCCACCUGUGAUAUAUUGAACAAUUACUUGAAUUUCAAUUAAAUUUCGAUACUUUAAGGUAAAUUUGGAUACUUUCUCCUGAGAUUUGAUUUUCCUUUGAAAUUGAUAGCAUUUGAAAAAGAUUAGCCUUUUUGCGCUCAGAAAGAUUUGGAUAUUGGUGAAGUGCUGUUUUGGUCAUUUCUGUCUGAAAUUCUGAUUCUUUAGCUUGUGUUUUCUGAAAAAAAAAAAGGUAGUAAUUUGACCAUUUGAAGCUGCAAAUUUGGCAACUGAGCAAAAGUUUUAUUGAAGAAGAUACUGGCUGGGUGUUUGAGCUGCUUUCUAGAUUUCCCAUAAGCUUCAAACCGUUUGUUUUGGAAGAUUGUUUUUGAGAUAUUAAAAAAUAUGACAAUUGGAAGUCUUGCUCCAAAUAAGGAGAAGAAGUCAAGAAAGCACAAAGGAGUGAUUGAUGAGAAUGCUCCCUUGUUGCCCAAAGGGCAAGCGGAAGAUGCAGGGUUUGAUGAGUUCAAUGGAGCUUCCUUUACUGGGGCAGUGUUUAAUUUAUCCACCACCAUUGUUGGUGCUGGGAUCAUGGCUUUGCCUGCCACCAUGAAGGUGUUGGGCCUUGUCCUAGGGAUCUCCAUGAUCAUUUUCAUGGCGUUCUUGACCGAGGCCUCGAUCGAAUUGAUACUUAGGUUCAGCAGGGCAGGGAAAUCUGCUUCUUAUGGAGGUCUCAUGGGAGAUGCCUUUGGAAAAUAUGGAAAGAUUUUGUUGCAGGUGUCGGUUUUAGUCAACAAUCUCGGUGUGCUCAUUGUCUACAUGAUUAUCAUUGGUGAUGUGCUUUCUGGAACGUCUUCGAGUGGGGUUCACCACGCUGGUGUACUUGAAGGAUGGUUUGGAGUACACUGGUGGACUUCUCGAUUCAUUGUUCUUCUUGUCACGACACUUGGCAUAUUUGCUCCAUUGGCAUGCUUUAAGCGAAUCGAUUCAUUGAGCUUCACAUCUGCCCUAUCAGUUGGACUAGCAGUUGUAUUUCUUGUUAUUACCGUUGGAAUUACGGUUGUCAAGUUGAUCAAUGGAAGCAUUGCAAUGCCCAGAUUGCUACCUGAUGUUAUUGAUGUCUCAUCAUUCUUCAGUCUCUUCACCGUAGUCCCCGUUGUUGUCACUGCAUACAUCUGUCACUACAAUGUCCACAGCAUCCACAACGAGCUUGAAGACUCUGCACAGAUAAGAGGGGUUGUGCAAACCUCACUUGCUUUAUGUUCAUCUGUUUACAUAAUGACAAGCCUUUUUGGGUUCCUCCUAUUUGGGGACGGAACUCUUGACGAUGUGCUUGCCAACUUCGACACGAACCUUGGCAUUCCUUACAGUUCCGUGCUCAACGAUGCUGUGCGUGUCAGCUAUGCUGCUCACCUUAUGCUUGUAUUUCCCAUUGUCUUCUUUCCAUUGCGGCUCAACUUGGACGGCCUCCUCUUUCCCUCUGCAAGGCCAAUGGUUCUGGAUAACAUGAGAUUUGCACUAGUCACCAUUGGGCUCAUAAGUAUUAUCUUCUUGGGUGCAAACUUCAUACCCAGCAUCUGGGAUGCUUUCCAGUUCACUGGAGCAACUGCUGCCGUUUGCCUCGGGUUCAUUUUCCCUGCUGCAAUUACUCUCAAGGAUCGACACAACAUAGCAACCAAGAAGGACAAGAUCUUGAGCGUUUUCAUGAUUGUCCUUGCUGUGUUCUCAAACGCGGUGGCCAUAUACAGUGAUGCGUAUGCCUUGUUCAAGAACACAUCAAAACGCGAAUGAUACUCAGAGCUCCUCAUGAUUUUAGUGAAGACAUCAACAGGCUGAAUCCGAAGUGUGGGAAGGCCAGGGUUUUCUGAGAGGGUUCAGUUGAAAAUAAAGAUUCUGCACAUGUAAAAUAUGUUGGUUUGCUUAGUGCAGGAAGUGGGCAAUGCAGUUCAUUGCCUUCCACACUUGUGUAUUACAUUGUUCUUGAUAUUGAACUCUUUCUUUUGUAUUAGAACGAAGGGAGCUGUGAGAAAUGCAAAUUUGUAUUUUCAGUUUGAGUACAACUUAUAAAGUGGUCCUUGAAAAUACGUGUAGGAUACGUGAAAGGUAUAUGUAUUAUUUAGAAUUGUAUAAAAAUAAUGUGUUAAACAUGAAAAGUACAUA